AUGUAGCAGCUUUGUUCUGGGUUUUGUUUUUCGAUUUUUGUUUUCUAAUUCUCCACCACAGACACUCCCAUUGAUGAGUCAUACUUGGUCUGUCCAGUUAUUUUUCUCCAGUCUGUUCCUCCAUCCUGGGGGAUUGGAGAGGGAGCUGUCGGAUCUAAAGAGGGGUCUCUUACAUUCUGGCAGCCAGUUGUUUUACUUUGUUAAUGAACCAUUUGUAUAUUUGUUUUCCAUCUUAAACUUGGAGAGUUUAUUAUAUUGUAAAUGUCUAUCUAGAUGAGAAUGUCUUGGAGAAUUAAUAUUAUGUAGAAAUAAAGCAUAGGCAUUCCUUUCUCCCUUUCUCUUUUAGGGCUGUGAAUGAUCAUACAUUGUGAAAGUGUUUGGCACCACUUAGAAUUUGUGAACAAUAGUGCUAAGAGCCAGUGUCAGUUGGAGAUUGGCACAGACAUAAUGGUUUAUGGCACAAUGAAUGUGUCACUUGUAAAACCUCGGAUCAAUUCUCAGCUGGUGGCACAACAAGUGGCACAACAGUACGCCACCCCACCACCUCCUAAAAAGGAGAAGAAGGAGAAAGUUGAAAAGCAGGACAAAGAGAAACCUGAGAAAGACAAGGAAAUCAGUCCCAGUGUUACCAAGAAAAAUACCAACAAGAAAACAAAACCAAAGUCUGACAUUCUUAAAGAUCCUCCUAGUGAAGCAAACAGCAUACAGUCUGCAAAUGCUACAACAAAGACCAGCGAAACGAAUCACACCUCAAGGCCCCGGCUGAAAAAUGUGGACAGGAGCACUGCACAGCAGUUGGCAGUAACUGUGGGCAACGUCACCGUCAUUAUCACAGACUUUAAGGAAAAGACUCGCUCCUCAUCGACAUCCUCAUCCACAGUGACCUCCAGUGCAGGGUCAGAACAGCAGAACCAGAGCAGCUCGGGGUCAGAGAGCACAGACAAGGGCUCCUCCCGUUCCUCCACGCCAAAGGGCGACAUGUCAGCAGUCAAUGAUGAAUCUUUCUGAAAUUGCACAUGGAAUUGUGAAAACUAUGAAUCAGGGUAUGAAAUUCAAAUCCUCCACCUGCCCAUGCUGCUUGCAUCCCUGGAGAAUCUUCUGUGGACAUCGACCUCUUAGUGAUGCUGCCAGGAUAAUUUCUGCUUGCCAUGGGCAUCUGGCCACCAAGGAAUUUCGCACCCUGACGAUUACUCUUGACACUUUUAUGUAUUCCAUUGUUUUAUAUGAUUUUCCUAACAAUCAUUUAUAAUUGGAUGUGCUCCUGAAUCUACUUUUUAUAAAAAAAAAAAAAAAAUCUGCUGUGCACAAUUUUCCAUGUACAUUACAACUGGUUUUUUGUUUUUUUGUUUUGUUGGGAGGGAGGGUUGGGAGGGGGAGGGAACUUUUAUUUAUUGUGUUCACAGACUCCAUCCUUUCAGCAUAUCCUUUUAAGUUUAGUUCUUUCUUCCAGUUAUACUAUGUACUAUCAGUUUUGAUAUAACUAUAUAUAUAUAAAUAUAAAAUUAUAUAUAAAGGGUUAUUUGAAACCAAUCCAUGGCAACGCUGGUGCUUGAUACACUGUGAAGUGAAUACAACAUUGAACAGUUACAGAUCUGGGACAGUCCCUUCUAUGAAAGUGCUGAAAUUUAAUUUAAAAUCAGUCUUACAUAAAGUAUGUUCCAAUCCACGUGGGAACUUGACUCUCCCAUCUGUCUAAAGAGUACUGGACGAUAUAAAAAUAUAUAUUUUUUAAACAAUGUGAUCUCAAAUUUAAAGACUGCUCCAGAUAGCCUGCAUUUGCAAUGGAAUAACUGACAAAUCACAAGUGGUUAGUUGGGGAGGGCUUUGAUCAUUCAAAAGUAACUAACUAAACUAGCUCCAGAAUGCCAAGUAUUCGUGUAAAUUACGGUUACAUGUUAUCAUUUGCUGUUCUUACGUAAGCACUCAUGAAAAUAUGGUAUUCUGUAACUCGAAUUCCAUCCAUUUUCCAGACCUCUACUCAUGUCUGAGGUAAAUCUAGAAAUUGUCUUAGUUUUAGGAUUGAAACAGUCUAUAAACUGUAUUUUUGGUCUAUACAGGAAGCAAUCCCUUGUUUCUGCUUUCCACAUGACGUUGCAGUGGUGGUGUUUGUUGUUAAGAUUUGUUUGCCUCAUCUCUCCCCUCAUCUCAUAAACCUUCACUCUACUGAUUGAGUCGUGAGCAUUCUUUGUUUUUCCUUCUCAAAACCUUCUAUGAUUUGUUUUACUGAACAAAGGUUAUCAACCACACGUCCAGUCCUGACAUGGAGCUUUUCAGUGUUUGGAGACAUUUCUCAAUUCCCCCGCUGUGGUAGGAACUCCAGUGGUGAAGGCCUUGCGCGCCUGCAGCCAGAAUUGCAGGGAAAGCUCGCACUUGCUGCCAGCAGCAUGUAAUCUUUUACUCUUCCUGGACAUAAUGAUAACUUGAACAAACUGUUCUAUUUCAUUCUCUUCCCUCCUUUUACUGUCUUGCAAAAAAAAAAAAAUAAUAAUAAUAAUAAUCAACGACCACUAAUACGAUUCCACCUCCUCGUCCUUAUUAAAAUAAUUUUUAAAAAAUUUGUUUUGCUUUUGUUUGGAUGUGGGGGGUCUCUUCUAUUUGACUUUUACAUUUUAGAUACAGAGUUUGUAGUAUUUCAGAGACAUUUCAAGCAUGAGAAUUUGAGGUUACCUCUCUUUAUUUGACCUUCCUUUAGGGACUCACAGGAGGGCAGCCCAAUUUGUAAUGAAACACCACAUUUUGGUGUUAAAAACCUGGUUUGCUUAAUAUUAGAAGUAAUUUCUGUCUGUGGAGGCAACAAAUAAAAAAAUUAACAGCUUGAAUUGAGUAGCCAACAGGAAAGGUUCCUUUCACAUUUACAUUAAAACUAUUCUGUAGCCACUAAUGUACCAUAAUUUAAAUUGUUUUCUCAAAGGUCUAGAUGAUAAAGCAGUGCCAUUUGUUGCUGUGGUCCUAUUCUCAAGUGCAUGGACAAUGUUCCCCCCUUUUUAAAAUAAUGCUUGUGUCUGGGAUGCAAGCUAUGCUUAUCUUUUUAAAUACAUUUUUAAAGUAUUUAUUAAUGAACCAAAGGAAAUCAGAUGCUUUCUGUAAGCAUCAGAAUAUAUAAUACAUAGUGAUUUGACUAUGAAUUUUAAAUCCACAUUUUAAUAUUAGUGGGAUAUUGCAAAGACAUUCCUUCUAAAGUUUUAAUAUUCCUUUUAUUAAGGGUCUCAGGGAGGGUAAAUUAGUCAGCCAUAUUUAUUUUCCAGAGGUUUAAGGAAUUGCUGUUUUUUAAAUUAACUUUUUAAAAACACUUAAAUGCCACCAAACUCAUGUAGGUUGCACUGCUUUUUGAACCAAUAAGUGUUGGUAUGCACUUUCUUCAGACACACUGUGUACUUUUUCAAAAACUAGUUUCAUGUAAAGUGAUUGGACCCCAUAGAUGAGUGGAAAAAGCUGAUUAACCAGCUACUCAUAGGCUGCUAAUUCAUUCAUGCCAAUGUUUUGGUUUCUCAGUUUUGCCUCCGUGAUAAAGAAUAGGGAGGGGUGAAGGAAGGGGAAGAUUGCUUUAGAACAAGCGGCAUGAAAUUGCCAUCUUUGUAGAAACUGCAGCUAACAGUGGGAGUUAUCUAAGCAAUCAGAUAUUACAGGGCCAGCCCUUUAGCUGCUGUGGGGUAUUCUGUUGGGGUAGUGAGGUAGUAGGUACAUUAGACUUUUAAUUUUGGAAAUGGAUGACAUCCCUCAGGCAUGUAUUCUGGAAAUGGAAUUCCUGUAACUUAACGCAUCUGCAGUUUGCCCUACAAUUAGUAGGCAGCGUGUAAAAACACUAGUGUAGAUUAUAAAGAUAUAUAUUAAAAGAGGACCAGAAAUACUUGGUAUUCAGUGGCACAGAAAAAAGCAGGUUAAACAAACAAAAAGCACAGUGUUAUGCUUGCAAGUUUCCAUUUGUUUUAAUACCACGCAAUCUCGUGCGUGUGUGCACGCACAGAGCUUACCUGACUUGCUCUGCUUGAGUCACGCAGUUAAAGACAUCUUGACACCCACAAAAUAUUCUAAUCAAAACCUUUCAGUUUCAAUCUGGAUAUUUAAAAACAUUGGCAGAAGCUUCUGUGAGUUUAGUUCCACUAAGAUGUUUCACCUGCCUUAUCAAGACCAUUCUCAGUCUACUUUUUUAAGCUGCCGUAUCUUAAAUUAUUGAAAAUUUAUUAAUUGCUGAAUAUAUAAUAACCUUUGCUUGUAUGUAACCGAAAAUGGUUUAAGAGCCAACAUUUAGAGUAUGACAAUGGAGCUGAACAGUUUUUAAUGCGCAAGCAGUUCUGUUCUUGUGUAUGACUUGUAACCUUAAUUUACUGUGUAAAGAUGGUUACAUUAUUUCCUUAGCUUUGUUUGUUGGAGACAAAUAGAGAAUGCUUGUUAAGUAUGUCAAAACAAUCUUGUGAAUUUUUGUUAAUGUAUUAUACGAGCUAUAUUUUUCAUUUGCCCAGAAAGACAGCUUGUAUAACGCUUUUGGAAGUUUCUGCUCUGUAAUGUCUUUAGAGCUGACAGUCUGUUAGGUUUGUUUUUUUCUUCAUGCUAAAGUGUCAGUUGGUGGUUUUGUGAACUGGUCAAAAAUUCACAGGUCUUAAAUGUUUUGGGGGAAAUUUAUAUUGGACACUGCUCUUUGUCUAGCAAAUAAAAGAUGUUAAUAUAUUCCUGUUACUGGCAUGUGCACGACUAUGUUAUUAGAAGCCACUUUAUCAUUUUCCUGCUUUAAAUAGAAAUGUCUAUUUAUGAAUUCUGCUUGUAGUUUUUUCACAAAUAAAAUAGUAAAAUUUA